AACAUGAUUGUUGAUAAUACUUACACAAGAAUCUUCACACCUUCCUCCCUUGUUGUUGAAGCAUCCUCACAAUCAAAGCCGUGAAAAACGUUCAUUGUAGCCGUUACUAUCACGCAACCACCUUCCUCGCCUUCCCUCACUCCAUGAACUUAACUUUCCAAUUUUACCCCUACCGACUAAUAAACCACCUCCAUCAACUUUCUUACACCACUAUAAAUAACAAAAACGAACCUAACCAUACUUUCCAUCCCAACAAUUAUCCUAUUCACUCUUUUUUUUUUCCUCUUUCGCGCAAAGAUAAAGACAGUUUAGUAGCUACUACUCAUGGGAACAGUUCUUGAAGCUGCGAUCAAGGAUACAAAUGGAAGCAUCCUAACUAAAAACCCCACAGUUGUGUUUGUGCUAGGUGGCCCAGGCAGUGGAAAGGGUACCCAAUGUGCAAACCUUGUCGAACAUUUUGGGUUUACUCAUCUCAGUGCUGGUGAUCUUCUUCGUGCAGAAAUCAAAUCUGGCUCUGAAAAUGGCACAAUGAUCCAGAAUAUGAUUAAAGAAGGAAAGAUUGUUCCAUCUGAGGUAACAAUUAAGCUUCUGCAACGAGCAAUGCAGGAAAAUGGCAAUGACAAAUUUCUUAUUGAUGGUUUUCCUCGCAAUGAGGAAAACCGUGCAGCAUUUGAGGAAGUGACAGGAAUAGAGCCAACGUUUGUCCUAUACUUUGAUUGCCCAGAGGAAGAGAUGGAGAGACGGCUUCUCAGUAGGAACCAGGGUAGAGAAGAUGACAACAUUGAAACAAUAAGGAAGCGAUUCAAGGUUUUCUUGGACUCUAGUCUCCCUGUUAUUAAUUAUUAUGAUGCUAAGGGAAAAGUCCGCAAGAUUGAUGCUGCAAGGCCUGUUGAAGAGGUAUUUGAUUCAGUCAAAGCAAUUUUUGGUCCAAAAAAUGAGAAGGCUGAUUGAGUAUAUCACCCUUGACUUCAUGCUGGAUUUUAAGAGGUCACAUUAGUGUUGGCUGCGUGUUCUUUUGCCUCACAUUUUGAUGCUAGAUAUAGAAAAAUCAAUUUUAUACUUAGGCUUUUGCCUCUAUAUUGGAUUGUAUUGUUGUACCUUUUGUGGACUUCAUUCAUUUAUAGCAAAUAAAGAAUUUUGUUGUUUUGAUUA